AUGGCAUCAGAAAUCACCUACGCUGAGGUGAAGUUCAAGAAUACAUCACCAGCUGCUGUGGUGAAAGUACGUCCUGAGAUGAAGAAGCUUGAGCACCAUCCCCGGAAAUAUCCCCCAUGACUCCCGUGGCUGAUCUCACUGCUACUCCUCUUGGUGUCCAUAGCCCUUGUUAUUGCUCCCCUUGGUGAGUAUGUGCAGGCUGUUACAGGAGAGAGGCCAGCCAAAUCAGAUGUCUUGGCCAACAGAGGAGAGAAUUACUACAUUGGCCUGAGUGCACAGAAGGUGGGCCAGUGGCACCAGGUGGACCAGACUCCAUUUAAUGCUACGGCAAUUGCCCCCACCAUGCCUAGGUGUAUGUACGUGCAUGGGCAUGGCCAGUGCUAUGAUGCUGUGGAAGAGAUGGGGCACAGGGAGAGACCACCAGGGCUGUCCUUGCUGUGUCUUCUUCUGGAGGACAAACUUGCCCUGGUGAAAGACACUCUGCCAGGUGUGAAAUGCAUGGGGUUCUGGCAGAGAGACAAACCAAGUAAUAUGGAUGAUCAGAAAUGUGUUGUAAUCCAUAGCAUUACAGAAUCACCCAACAACUGGAAUGAUGUCAAUUGUGAGAGACAACAUCAAAUUUGUGAAGCGGCAGCAGUAACAGUGUGA